UGGGAUAUUCAGGAAAAUAUCCCAAGAAUUAUCCUGUUAAGCCUAAUGUUAUCCUUGGACAUGAAAUGGUAUCAUCUUAUUGGUGAAUAUUUGUUUAACGUGUCAUUUUCCUACUGGCCAUUAUUGUACAAUGUUAUUUUCUAUUUUAUGGGACGUUGUGGUCUGCUUGACUGGUAUAUAAACAAAGUAUGUUUGAAAUACAAUGAUUCAUAUCUCCGAGGCUGUCACUUGUGUUCUGGACUCAACUGGCUGGGUUAGAUAGGGAAGCGAGACCAAUCAGAACCCUAGGUCGUUCUACGUGUUUGUGCGUCUUUGGUCCGAUCAAUAAUUCCCUACCCUUAAUCCGCAGCAUCAUUUUCACGUUAUAACAAUUGGCGACGGGGUGAAGAAAAGAUACAAUCCAAAGUCAUUCUGUAAUUGGACGAAAUCCAGUCUAAUUAUUCAACCAAUCAGUAUCCAAAUUGUCAUCAGUGUCCUUGAACCACAUUGGUCAUUAGUCAUACAGUAAUUUUCAUCACAGGUGCUGAUUCGAAAAAAUGACUCUCCCUUCCGAUCGAUUACAGCUGCUCUUUGAACGACAUUUGGACUUAUUAGUCAAAUUCCGCACGCAGCUGCUAAAUCACUCAUGCUAUGAAGACGCGACGGAAGUGGAUGGAUUGAUAUCUCAAAUACACAGUGAGCUGGAAAAUGACAGCAGCCUACUUGAAUCCUCGAUGAACUGUACUUCAAACGAAACAGUCAUCCAUGAUGCGCCCAGUGGUCCAGUACUUUCUAUUCCAGAAACAUGCCCGGUAAUGGAGUCAAACUCCAUCAUCCCCGAAACAGCAUGUGCAGACAGUAACAUAUCCAGCUCACGAGAAGAUCUCAUUGUUUUGCCAGAAAAUGUGUUCCACGCAUCAAAUAAUAACCAAGAACCUGGCACAGUUUUGUUGGACGCCGAUUAUCAUAAUGAUCCACUACUUACUAAAGAUUUAAACCCUGAUGACUUCGAAUUGGAUGGCGUUUAUCCUCAAUAUCUGAUCGAUUUUACUGGAUUCCCUGUGCAAUAUGUUUUAAAUACAAUCAAAUUAAUUGUAAUUUGGGUUUAUGAAGACCCAACAUUAUUUCGCGGGGGAGGAUGGACGCGGAAAAAAAUUUAAAAUCCGGACAUCAACUCCGGAUCUCCAAAAAAGGGAGGUGUUGGGAUAUUCAGGAAAAUAUCCCAAGAAUUAUCCUGUUAAGCCUAAUGUUAUCCUUGGACAUGAAAUGGUAUCAUCUUAUUGGUGAAUAUUUGUUUAACGUGUCAUUUUCCUACUGGCCAUUAUUGUACAAUGUUAUUUUCUAUUUUAUGGGACGUUGUGGUCUGCUUGACUGGUAUAUAAACAAAGUAUGUUUG